AUGAGAGCCAGUGCUGCGAGAGGUCCAACCACAGGGUUCCCGGAGGCACCGCGCACCAGGGAGGAGGAAGAGGAGGAGGACAGGCGGAGGGGCGCGAGGCCCGUCGCCUUCACGUUGGGCACCGAGAUGCUGGGGCUGGGGCCGAGCCCGGACAGCGAGUUUCAGAGCCCCGACGCCGAGGUCUACAUGCACUUCAUGAGGAGCCACUGCUGCUACGACGCCGUCCCCACCAGCUGCAAGCUCGUCGUCUUCGACAUCACCCUGGAGAUCAAGAAGGCCUUUGUGGCGCUGGUGGCCAACGGGGUGCGAGCAGCGCCGCUCUGGGACAGCAAGACGCAGACGCGCGGGGCUGCAUGUGCUGGGGGCUCCACCAUCCCCAAGCCGCGCUUCCUGCAGAAGACAGUGCAGGAGCUGUGUGUCGGCACCUUCCGCGACGUGGCCGUCGUGCACGAGUCCGCCCCCAUCUACACCGCACUGGAGAUCUUUGUGGACCGCCGCGUCUCUGCGCUGCCAGUCAUCAAUGAUGCGGGGCAAGUGGUUGGCCUCUACUCAAGGUUUGACGUCAUCCACUUGGCAGCCCAGAAGACCUACAACAACCUGGACGUCAGCGUGCGGGAGGCCCUGCGGCGGCGCACCGUCUGCCUAGAGGGGGUCCUAAUCUGCUACCCCCAUGAAACCAUGGAGGAUAUCAUCAACCGCAUCGCCGAGGAGCAGGUGAGCGGCGCG